UAUAUAAUCCCCUUGAGCAGCUCUCCACUUCUCAUUCCAAGUCAUCUAAAUUCUAUUUAGAAAAAAAAAACCCUAAUACAAAAGAUGACUUGUUCCAAGGUUUUCCUAUGUUUGUUACUUGGUGCACUAGUUUACACUACUAGUGCUAGGAAGCUAGCUACCCCUCACUCCUAUGAUGAUGAGAAGUUUCUUUUCGGGCACCACGGUGGAGGCUUAGGAGGUGGAGGUGGUGGAGGAUUUGGUGGUGGAGGCGGAGGUGGACUUGGUGGUGGUGCAGGUCUUGGAGGUGGUUCUGGAUUUGGAGGUGGUGCUGGUGCUGGUGGAGGAGCCGGUGGUGGACUUGGAGGUGGAGGUGGUGGAGGAUUUGGUGGAGGUGGUGGUGGUGGGCUAGGUGGUGGUUCUGGUGGCGGUGCUGGGUUUGGAGCCGGAGGAGGAGCUGGAGCUGGUGGUGGAUUAGGUGGAGGAGCAGGCGGUGGUGGAGGGUUUGGAGGUGGUGGAGGCGGUGGGCUAGGUAGCGGGCUUGGCGGUGGUGCCGGAGCUGGAUUUGGUGGAGGUGCUGGUUCUGGAGGAGGACUUGGACAUGGAUUUCCUUCAUAUAAUCAAAUUAUUAUUACUACAAGGAUGGCUUGUACCAAAGUUUUCGUAUUUUUAGUCCUUGGUGUCCUAGUAUGCAGUACUAGUGCUAGGAUGCUAGUGAGCACCUCGAAUGAGUUCGAGGAUGAGAAACUCUUUGGCCAUGGUGGAGGCCUAGGUGGAGGUGGUGGAUAUGGUGGCGGAGCUGGUGGUGGUCUUGGAGGUGGUGCAGGUGCUGGAGGAGGUGCUGGCUAUGGAGGUGGUGCUGGAGCUGGAGGAGGAGCAGGUGGGGGUCUUGGAGGUGGAGGCGGCGGAGGACUUGGUGGCGGUGGAGGUGGAGGAUUAGGUGGUGGUGGUGGUGCAGGUGGAGGUGCCGGGUAUGGCGGUGGAGCUGGUGCUGGUGGUGGACUAGGUGGAGGAGCUGGUGGUGGUAAAGGGUUCGGUGGUGGUGCUGGUGGAGGAGCAGGAGGUGGAGCUGGCGGUGGACUAGGUGGAGGAGCUGGUGGUGGUAAAGGGUUCGGUGGUGGUGCUGGUGGAGGAGCAGGAGGUGGAGCUGGCGGUGGACUAGGUGGAGGAGCUGGUGGUGGUAAAGGGUUUGGUGGUGGUGCUGGUGGAGGAGCAGGAGGUGGAGAUGGCGGUGGACUAGGUGGAGGAGCUGGAGGUGGACUAGGUGGAGGAGCUGGUGGUGGUGCAGGUGGUGGACUAGGUGGAGGUGCUGGUGGAGGAGCAGGCGGUGGAGCCGGAUAUGGAGCAGGAGGUGGAGCUGGAGCUGGUGGUGGACUAGGUGGAGGAUCUGGUGGUGGUGGAGGGCUUGGUGGUGGUGGAGGAGCCGGAGGCGGUGGUGGCCUUGGAGGUGGUGCUGGCGGUGGAUAUGGUGGAGGUGCUGGAGGUGGUGCUGGUGGUGGAUAUCAUUGAGCACACACUUUUGUAGUUUACAUGCAUACUGCAAACCCUAGAUACCAAAUUACGUACGUUCUAUAGUAUGGGAGCAAUAGCUUCCAUAAUCGGCUCGAUUUGUACUUGUUUUGCGAUAUUAUUGUGCCGGGAACUCUAAGUUCAUUCUAUACUUUUCAAUUCAUAAUUCCAUAAAUUAAAUGGUUGAAGAAUAAUAUUUUCCUUCUCGAUUACUUCAUAUUGCUACAUCAUCUUCAUAAUAUAACUUCAUAUUAUUACACUA